AAACCGGAGAGCCCGGAUGAAAACCACCUAUCCGAUAUUGUGACUCAACUUACAUGCGCCGGGAACGGGGAUUGAACCCGAAGAAGUUGAAAGCGCAUGUAACAACCGCUGCGCUAACCGGACAGCUCUUUUUAUAUAAUACCUGUUCGAAUGAGAUACGGUCAAAUUAGAUAACCUAACGACUUCGUAUCUGGGUCGAGUUAUUCCGAUACCAAACCAACAUCUUGUGCAGUGUAACCUUUCUCCACGUUCUUUUUCUAUUGGAAGUGACGUCAUACACAUGGCCGAUGCAUUACUUUGCAGAAAAGUGAAUUGUUUACAAAUUUCGUGUUUCUGAAGUCCUCUUUCAAUAUUAAGGAAAAUGAUUGUAACAUUAAAAACUCUACAGCAGCAGACCUUCAAGGUCGAAGUUGAUCCAGAACAGACGGUUAAAGAAUUGAAACAAAAGGUAGAAAAGGAAAAGGGAGCUGAUGCAUUUCCAGCAGCAGGACAGAAACUUAUAUAUGCAGGCAAAAUUCUUGAUGAUGAAAAACCUGUUGGUUUCUACAAAAUUGAGGAGAAGAACUUUGUUGUUGUUAUGGUUACAAAGCCUAAACCAGCUGCAGAUUCGACAGUCAUAGCAUCUGUUCCCACCCCUGCUGCACCCACAAGGGCUGCCCCUGCCCCUUCCCCACAGCCAGCACCUCCUUCAGCUGUAGAACCCACAAAAACAGAGUCGGUGUCAGAGCCACCAUCAAACACAUCUAGUUCAACAGAUGCCAGUUCAGACCCUUCAGUAUCAGAAUCAAACCUAACACAAGCGUCAGACACAACGGCUUCGGGAUCUGACAUCAGUACUGCUAGUGCAGAGAGUGCCCUUGUCACUGGGCAAAUGUACGAGGAUGCAGUGGCAAACAUCGUUGCAAUGGGGUUCGCACGAUCUGAAGUCCAGAGGGCCAUGAGGGCAAGCUUUAAUAAUCCUGACCGGGCAGUUGAAUAUCUCUUUAAUGGAAUCCCAGAAUUGCCCCGUGAGGAGCCUCCUCCUGCCCCCACUGGAGAUGCCCCCACUCCCCCAAGACCUGCAGCACCUGUGGCGGCUCCAGCGGCAGGAACCGGCGCCCGGACUGGGGCCCCUCCUGCGAGUGGUACUGCAUCUGCUGGCUCCCCGGGCCAGCUGACUGGGCCUCCCCCUGGGGCCCAGCUUUCCGGCGAGGAGACCCUGGCGUUCCUACGCAACCAGCCCCAGUUCCAGCACAUGAGGAACCUCCUGCAACAGAACCCCUCCCUGCUCCCUGAGCUCCUGCAGCAGAUUGGCAGAUCUAACCCCACACUCCUACAGUUGAUAAGUCAGAACCAGGAGCAGUUUAUUUCGAUGUUGAAUGAGCAGGGUGGGGAAAGUGUAGCUGGUGGACAGGGCCGAACACCCGGGGAGGGGGUGAUACACGUUACACAGGAGGAAAAGGAGGCUAUAGACAGGUUAAAAGCACUGGGAUUUCCAGAAGGCCUGUGUAUUCAAGCAUAUUUUGCAUGUGAAAAAAAUGAAGAACUCGCUGCUAACUACCUUUUAAGCCAUGGUUUUGAUGACGAUGACUCUUGAGUGUAUUUAUUUGUGACAUUUAAUUAAACAUUUGUUAUAAUACAAAUAUUAAAAUCUGUUGCCAAUGUUUUUCCCUAGAAAGACAAUACAACAUUAUUUCGAUUUAAUAAGAGGAUAGUUUAUUUUGUCAUUGCGAUCAUUUCUUUCUUUGCUGGGCUUGCAUUUGUUCAUCGUUCCACUAUAAUAAUAGCUGUCUGCUUUCAUAGUUGGUGCAGGCAUAAUUUGAUGCAUUUGUAAAUUAAUGUAUUCAUUAUGCCCAAUAUCAAGAUCCUUUUAUGUUAAAAGACAUAAUUUAAUCGUAUGUUCAAAAUAAAUUUUGUGUACACAUU